AUGAAUGUUAAUCAAACUGAUAUUGCAGUUCUAUGUGAAACCUGGCUGAAUGACUCUAAACCUGAUGAAAAAUUCCAUAUUCCUGGUUUUACGCUUCAUCGUCGUGAUCGCAGAGGUCGUCAAGGUGGCGGCGUCGCAAUCUACACCCGAUCUGAUCUCAAUGUUACCAUUCUUGAUAAUGCGACGUCACCCGAGCUCGAGGUCCUAUGGAUUAGAUUGGAAUCUCAGAAGCUCCAUACAAUGUUCGUAGCUGCUGUUUAUGCACCACCCAAUUCGCCCUUUCACCAAGAUCUUAACGAUUCACUGGUUGAAACAGUGGAUUAUAUUCACACUCGAUUUCCUGAAUCUGGCAUUGUGAUCUUGGGAGAUUUCAAUGACAUGGAUACCGAUUCUCUAGCAUCCGAAAUCGAUUUUUCCCAGAUUGUUGACAAACCUACGAGAGGCGACAACGUCUUAGACAAGGUCCUGACAAAUAUCGCUGAUGAUUACAACCGACCAGCAGUCAUCAACCCGAUUCGUAACAGUGAUCAUAGAACGAUCAUUGUUUCUCCGAAGGCCACUAUUCCCAAUCCGAAGCGACAGAAGAUAUCAAUCCGCCCCAUUAGAGAUUCUUCUAUCAGGUCCUUUGGCCAGUGGCUGACCUCUGUAGAUUGGAGUUGGCUACUUGAUCUUGAAAAUGCUGCUGAUAUGCAGGUAUCAUUUCAAGAUGAGCUAACCACGGCUUAUGAGAGAUGCUUCCCUCAGAUUACAUUUGUACGGAGAGAAGAUGAUAAGCCUUGGAUGAACAAUCGUAUUCGUUCUCUGAUCGACCAACGCCAAGCUGCCUAUCAAUCAGGAAACCUUCCACGUUAUAGCCAACUCAGAAAUCAAGUAGAGCGGGAAAUUAAAGCUACUGAGAACAAAUUCUUCCUUGGAAAGGUGUCACACCUGAAGAAAUCACAACCUGGGAAAUGGCACAAGGAGAUCCGUAACAUUACUAGUAUAAAAAAGACAUCAAAUAAGCUACCUGGAUCUCAUAUGGCACCCGCCGAGCAGGCUGACUGGAUAAACUCCCACUUUGCGAAUGUCUGUUCCUCCCUACCACCCCUGGAUCGCAAGUCUCUUCCGGUGUACUUGCCAGCUGAUUCACCUCCACCGGAAAUCCAACCUUACCAAGUGUACAAUAAAUUGAAGAAACUGAAGAUCUCAAAGUCAUCUCAUACUAAUGAUAUUCCUUUGAGACUUGUUCUCUUUGCUCGUGUCUUUGAGGAGUUUCUUGUGGAGUGGAUUAGACGUGAUAUUGCCGAUCAUAUAGACCCCCGUCAGUUUGGCAGUUCUGAGAAACUUGAGAGAGUUCAAAGGCGUGUGACCAAGAUCAUUCUCGGUUUCACCCCUCUCACCUAUGAUGAAAGGCCUGCCAAGUGUGAAUCAGCAGGAGAGCAGAGUACUCCACCUCCACUUCUCCAUACUCUUGAAAUGUUCUUGAUGUUCCAGGAUUGA